CUCAGGAUAACAAACGAGUUCAGCUGCCUGCCAACCUGUUUACCCGUGACCAAUCCAAGAUCAAGACAAUGUCCAACUCGGGAGGUCGGAGACUGAAGCAGUGGCUGAUGGAGCAGAUCCAUAGCGGACAGUACCCCGGACUCUUGUGGGAAGAUGACAGCCACUCAAUGUUCCGAAUUCCGUGGAAACACGCAGGGAAACAGGAUUAUAACCAAGAAGUUGACGCGUCCAUUUUUAAGGCUUGGGCUGUGUUUAAAGGCAAGUUUAAGGAAGGAGAUAAAGCUGAGCCCGCAACAUGGAAGACCAGGCUGCGCUGUGCCUUGAAUAAAAGCCCUGACUUUGAGGAGGUGACAGAAAGGUCGCAGCUUGACAUCUCUGAGCCCUAUAAAGUCUACCGAAUUGUACCUGAGGAAGAGCAAAAACAUGGUAAAAGCUCAGGGAUGGCCAUGACAGCUACCACAAGCUCUGGUGAUACUGCUGACAUGGACUGUAGCCCUGCAGAAAUAGAAGAGUUCAUUAAAGAGGAGGAAGGCUGUAGCAUUCAGGCCAGUCCAGAGUAUUGGUCUCAGGGCAGCGUCAAUGCUUUCCCACUGCAUCAGGAACCCUUACCAUCAGGCAAUCUCAGCUCAGCUCUCUCCCAGAUGAUGAUCAGUUUCUACUACGGAGGAAAGCUGAUGCACAACACACUGGUUACUCAUCCUGAAGGCUGCCGGAUCUCCCCUGGCCAACAGCACCUGGGCCGGGGCGCCCUCUACAGUUCAGACAGCAUGCAGAGUGUUCAUUUCCCCCCUGCUGAGCUCAUCGAGUAUGAGCGCCAGCGCCAUGUCACGCACAAGCUUCUGGGCCACCUGGAAAGAGGUGUUUUGGUCCGUGCCAAUCAAGAAGGUGUCUUCAUCAAGAGGCUGUGCCAGAGCCGUGUCUUCUGGAGUGGGCUGGGUGAAGUGGCUUCUCAAUAUGGCCCCAUGCCUGGUAAACUUGAGAGGGAUGCUGUGGUCAAGAUUUUUGAUACAGGAAGGUUUCUUCAAGCUCUGCAGCUAUACCAGGAGGGUCAGUUUCCAGCUCCUGACCCAACAGUGAUUUUGUGUUUUGGAGAAGAGCUCCAUGAUCUCAGCAAUGCCAAGAGCAAACUGAUAAUUGUGCAGAUUACUGUAGUAAAUUGUCAGCACCUGCUGGAAGCAGUGAACAUGCGCCGCACCCAGCCCUUCUGUAACAACUCCAACCUAGAGAUGUCUGAUGAGGUGGCCUCAGACCAGAUGGCCCACAUCUACCAGGACUUGUGCAGCUACAGCGGCCCCCAGAGGCCAGCCUGCUACAGGGACAACAUGCCCAUCACUGCCUGAGUGGUUACAAACAUGACAGAAGCUCCUCAGCAUGUAGUAGAUUGAAUCUACAAAAUGUUAGGGACACUCCUUAUUUUUCUAACAUGCACUGACAAAGUGCAUCCAGCUAGAGGCCAGUAUCACAGUUAGACUUUUAUACCAAUCACAGUGGAGGUGUAAAGUUAAGGAGAAAUAAAUCAGUUUCAGUAUGGACCUGUAAGUAAAUAGUAUUAGGCUGUCCCUAAUAUUUUGUGUAUCAGUACUUUUUGUAUUUUUAUAUGUAGAGUGCUAACACUGACUCUGUGUCUAAACUCCGCUUUUUUUUUUCUUUUCUUUUUUUUUUUUUUUUUUUUUUUUUACAGUAGAGUGUUAUCCAGCUCAAGAGAAAAAAAAGUUGCAAUAAGAUUAAUUUUCUUACACAUAACUCAGCUGUGGUGUAAAACUAUAACAACAUAUUCAACCACAUUACUUAACAAAUCUUCAAAGUAAUUUGAAAUUUCUGUGGAACUUUAUUCUGAUUUGCUCAUGUAUUAUUGACGUCACUCAUCUGGCUGAUGUCAACUGACUGACGUAUAACAAAUAAUUUAGCUCUCAAAAUGUAAUCUUACAUGCAUCAAUUUUUUUUUAAUGUUUUAUGUCAUGG